AUGGAACGCCCUCUGCGGCUGCGGACCAUCACGUACUUCCUCUCUGACGCGUCCGAAGAAGGGAUCGCGGCCGGCGCCGCGUUCCUGCAGGCGGCCCAGCAGAUGUACGAGGACGAAGGUUAUGUCGUCCAGACGACGCGGAUCGCCGCCCCCCAACGGCAUGCGUCCCAGCCCCUGCCAGAGCUGACGGCGUCGAUCAAGGAGCUGGAGGGCUGGGCUGCCGGGCGCAGGGUCAAAUUUGUGAACAUCGGUCCUUUGCUGGACCCCGAGGCCUUCGACAAGGUCCCACACAUUUUGCGCGACACGCGGCACGUGAGCUGCUCAGUGGCCCUACCGCGGCGGCUGACCCCCAAGAUGGCGCUGGGAGCAGCAAAGUGCAUAUUGGAGUUGGCGUCGAUGACAGGUGGGAGGUUUCCCUUUUGUGGCACAAAUAUCAAGGACCAUAGACUCAGUCCCCUGCAAUAG